CACUAAUCACAAAUAUAGAAAACAACAAAAAUAAAUUAAAAAUUUGAAAAGAAUAUAAAAAUGGAUAUUAUAAGUACAACGAAUGCAAUUGGUGGUGCUGUUAUAUCAGCAGCAGCAAGUUCAUCAUGGUUUAUACCAAUGUUAGUUGCAUCUAUAGCAUAUUUUCAAUUUGAAGAAAUGACAGAUCCAGAAUUAAGGCCUAUUGAUAUACCAGCAUCAGAUAUAUUAGAAUAUUAUGAUUUUAUAGUAAUUGGAGCUGGUUCUGCUGGUGCUGUUGUAGCAAAUCGUUUAUCAGAAAUUGAAAAUUGGAAUGUUUUACUAUUAGAAGCUGGUGGUGAUGAAACUGAUAUAUCUGAUGUACCAUUAAUGGCUGGUUAUUUACAAUUAAGUAAACUUGAUUGGAAAUAUAAAUCGGAACCGGAUGGAAAAUCUUGUCUAGCUAUGGAAAAUGGACGUUGUAAUUGGCCACGUGGAAAAGUUCUUGGUGGCUCUAGUGUCUUAAAUUAUAUGUUGUAUUUACGUGGAAAUAAAAAAGAUUAUGAUAAUUGGGAUAAUUUAGGAAAUUAUGGUUGGGGAUAUCGUGAUGUAUUGCAUUAUUUUAAAAAAUCAGAAGAUAAUACAAAUCCGUAUUUAGCACAAUCACCAUAUCAUUCUACUGGUGGUUAUUUAACAGUUGGAGAAGCUCCAUUUCAUACACCAUUAGCAGCAGCAUUUGUUGAAGGUGGUGUUGAAAUGGGUUAUGAAAAUCGUGAUUUAAAUGGUGAAAGAGCUGCUGGAUUUAUGAUAGCACAAGGUACAACAAGACGUGGUAGUAGAUGUAGUACAUCUAAAGCAUUUUUAAGACCAGUCAGAUUACGUUCUAAUUUACAUAUAUCAAUGAAUUCACAUGUAACAAAAAUAUUAAUUGAUCCAAUAAAAAAAAUUGCAUUCGGUGUUGAAUUUGUACGUGAUCAUAAAGUAUAUCAAGUACGCGCAAAUAAAGAAGUAAUAUUAUCGGGUGGUGCUGUUAAUUCACCACAAUUACUUAUGUUAUCUGGUAUCGGAAAACGUGAUGAAUUAAUUAAACAUAAUAUACCAGUUAUACAAGAAUUAAAUGUUGGUGAAAAUUUACAAGAUCAUAUUGGAUUAGGUGGUUUAACAUUUGCUGUUAAUCAACCUGUAUCAAUUGUUGAAAGUCGUUUUCAUUCAAUGGCUACCGUAUUACAAUAUGCUGUAUUUGGACAAGGACCAUUAACAAUUUUAGGUGGUGUUGAAGGUUUAGCAUUUGUUAAUACAAAAUAUGCAAAUAAAACUGAAGAUUAUCCAGAUAUUGAAUUUCAUUUUGUAUCUGGUUCAACAAAUUCUGAUGGUGGAACACAAUUAUGGAAAGCACAUGGUUUAUCACGGCAAUUUUAUGAUAUAGUUUUUGAUAAAAUAAAUAAUAAAGAUGUAUGGAGUGUAAUACCAAUGCUUUUACGUCCAGAAAGUGUUGGUUCAAUUAAAUUACGUAGUAAUAAUCCAUUCGAUUAUCCAUAUAUAAUACCAAAUUAUUUAGAUAAACGGCGGGAUGUUGAAACAUUAAUUGAAGGUGUUAAAAUUGCAAUUGCAUUAUCAAAAACACGUGCUAUGCAAAGAUUUGGUUCACAAUUAACAGCAUAUAAAUGGCCCGGUUGUAAAAAUAUACAAUUAUUUACAGAUGAAUAUUGGGAAUGUAUGAUACGUUAUUAUACAGUUACAAUAUAUCAUCCAGUUGGUACAUGUAAAAUGGGACCAUAUUGGGAUCGUGAAGCUGUUGUUGAUCCACAAUUAAGAGUAUAUGGUAUAAGAGGUUUACGUGUUAUUGAUGCUAGUAUUAUGCCAAAAUUAGUUAGUGCAAAUACAAAUGCUCCAGUUAUUAUGAUUGGUGAAAAAGGAGCUGAUAUGAUUAAAGAAUUUUGGAUUAAGAAAGCAAUUAAUUCCAGAAUACUAGUCUAA